CAGUGGAGGUCAAGAAGCGUGAGGGACGAAAAAAAUGGCGUUUGAGAUGUUGCUGUCAUCGAAUUUUCUUCAGUUUAUUAUUGAUUAAAUCAGUGACUGGUCGUGUAAUUGGCGUGAAAGCAGUCAAAAUGUCAUUAUAUUGAUAAUUUGUUUUAUUAUAGAUGAUGCCUUCUUUGCGGAAGAAGGUUGCAGGAUUUAUUCGUCAGCUUUCGGUAAACAAUCAAAAUGAAAAUGUCGAUCAGAUUGAUUCUGGCCCUUCAUCGGGCUGUUUCAUUCAAAGAUACCUUAGCGGGCAUGAUGUAAAGCAGACGGAACCUGUCAUCCUUCAUGGUCGAAAUCCACAUGAGUUACCACGUAAGAACAUUGGUACAAUCAUCUUGGGCAAUCAAUUUUCUGCUGUUACUGGUCCAGAUGGGGGGCUGACGAUGGUUAAUCGUCACCAACGCCACCUCUCUACAAGUGACCCUGAUGUUGAUUAUAUUGACAUUCAGCAGCAUGUGUCUGACCAGGAGCGUAAGAACACAGUGUCAUCUAGUGACUGUAUAUUCAGCCCAGGAUAUGGGCGGUGGUUCACCAUAAGACCACCAGCACAUCCCAUAGACAACUCGGUGAUGCAUAUUCGUGCAGCUGGUUCUGUGUUCAGCGUCGGUAAAAGGUCUAUUCAUACAAGUGUCUCAGACCUGCAGACCACUGCAGAAACAGAAGAGGAUUCUAACUUGAAUAUAAGACCAGAGGAAGAUACAGUAUUCCAAGCCAUAGAUAUUUUAAAGACAGAUCCCUGUGCUGCGGAACUGAAUGGGAACUCUGAGGUGCAAGAAGCGUCUGAAUCCAUAUUCAAACAAAGUUCACCUUUAGAUUUUGUGAUACCACCUCCUGCAGAAUAUGCUACUGGUGCAAACUGUACGACCUUCAGUGGAUUCACUCCCAUCAGGAAAUCAAAAAGUGCGCCUCUGGCUCGAGGCAGUGCUGCUACGGCAAUCAUCAAUGGUAGCCAGAGGCAUGGUGAUGGAGUUCAGCAGAUGUCCUCUCCACCUUCAGAAGUAGCAGGCGUUUUAGAUUGGUCUCGGCCCCAUCCCAGAGCUUAUGGCGCUGCCACGACACUGUAUGAGAGGCACCCUCUAACAAAACAGCACGCUGGAAGCCCGAUAGCCGACUGUUUUGCCCUUGUGGCUAGAACCAAUUCCGCUAUACUGACACUUGCUGAUGGAGUGAAUUGGGGUGAGAAGGCUUGUAUCGCUGCUAGAAGUGCUGUCCAUGGCUGUGUAGACUAUCUGAAUAAGGCAGUGUUCACUUCUGGUAACAUUACGAAUACUACGGAAGUGUUUGUAUCAUUGCUGCGAUCAUUCCACGCAGCGCACAGUCUAAUACUUCAGGAAGCUGGGAUGUUGACCACUCUUACCACAGCCCUAGUAUUGCCAUUAGCAGAUUCAGAUAGGUUCGUGACCUGUAUCUGUAAUGUCGGUGAUAGCCUCUCAUAUGUGUACAGCGCACAACAUGGUGUCAGGGAAAUCACCAAGGGUUCCCAUGAUAUCCACUGCAUGCGGGACAUGCGGGAUGCCCUGGGAGCUUUGGGUCCAGUGGAUGGACAAAAUCCAGAGCUCAACAAUCUAACCUGUUCUAUGACAGAAGUGGAAUCUGGAGAUAUCGUAUUCAUCACGUCUGAUGGAGUUUCAGAUAACUUUGACCCAGUGGUUGGUAAGUUUGCUGUACUUCCACCUUCAGAAAAUUUAAAUCUGAAAGUUCCACCUGGUACAGUCAAGACAUCUUGUACUGCUGCCAACCAUGGUACUUCUAAAUUCCCUUGUGAAGAUUUCCCUUCCUCAAGUUCUCUACCCACUGUUCAAGCUUACCAGCGUCAUGAACUUUCUUUGCUGAGGAUGGAUGAUUUACUGAAGAAUGGAGUUUCUGGUAAUGGACCGCCGUGCCAGGAUGCAAAGACACUGUGUGAGAUGCUUCUGGACUUUGCUACCAGAUUGACAGCUGCCAAGCGUCACAUUCUUGAAGAUCCUGACUUGUAUUACACCACAGUAGAAGGCAGCACAGAAGUGACGGAGUUAAGCAGGGCUGAACAGCGAUCUCGACGCAGGAAAGUGUGCGAGAAACUUGCUAUGGUUCCUGGCAAACUGGACCAUGCCACCGUUGUAGCCUACCAGGUUGGUGUUUACAGAGGCAAUGAAAAUGACGGAGGAAUUUCAGCUCCACAUAUUCGCAGCGACGAUGACUUGUUGGUGGAGACGGUUCUCUAGAAGACGCUGAACCUGGCGAUGGCCGCAAGUUGAAAGUUUUUUACCAGGUUGUCUCUUAUGCAUUAUGGAUCCAGUACCAUAUUUAUUCAAAUGUUUAAGUAUUCGGCUCUGGACACUAAUAACUAGUCACAAUUUUGAAUGCGUGCAACAACACGUGAGAGAAACUUGUAUAAAGUGAAGAAAGAGUGAGAGAGGCAGCUACGAGUCUUAACGUUGAAGCCCUGAGCCUGCAUAUAAUAGAGACAUUUAAAUUGUAUAUGAAGAGGUGCAUUUAUGGGUUAGCCAGGAAACAGAAUAAUGAGCAUAAUAUGCGUCAGAAGAAAGAACUGAAUUUUUAUUUAGAAAAAUGUCUUUUAUUUGAAUAAUUAUGGUAUUGCUAGAUGUAACUGCGCAUAAAGUUAAUUCAUUGCUAUGCAUUCUUAAUGUUACUGUUGCUUUUCCACUGCUUCCUGUUGUCACAGCGCAGUUUGUUUUUCACUCUUCAUACGUGUAACACGGCAAUUUGAGACGCAAAAGUAACCAGAGCUAGGACCCAAGAAGAGACUAGCAAGAAAAAUAACACCAAAUAUUUCUUAUAAAUGAAACAUUUCUUUGGGUGGUAAUAGUUGACGUGCAGUAAGGAAUUGGUUAUACAGGCAAGAUCGAAAAAGUGGCGAAGAAAAUAGUUGCUUUUUUGUUUUUGUCCCAGCAACAGCUACUCAGUAAUUAACAGUGGUACCAACUUUACAAAUAGCUACUUGGGAAACGUGAAAUGAUAUGAUUGGCGGUCUGCAAAUUUGUGAUAAUUUUGAGCAGCAUUUUUAUUCCAUUUGGCAGCACUGUUCGCCGCAAAGUUAUGGUGAGCCUUGGAUCUUACAGUGAUGAGAGGCGACAAGCAUGUCGUUGAUGGCAUUCCAUUAUGAUUAACAGCAUUUACGUAUAUCAAAAUAUGGAGGUAUUUUAGAUGCUUCUAGAUAUCAAGUAUUUCUUCUUAUUUGACUGAAUUGUUUAUAUAUAUAUAUGACAUAAUAUGUAUUAUAAAGCUGUAUUUCUGUUACAUGAGAGAGCUAAAUGAAUCUAAACUGUUGUUGAGUCAUUUAUCUGCAGUGGUUGCUCUCCGCCUUUCGUAUUCUGCUGCAGUACCACAUAACGUGAUUCACCAAUGUAGAGCCUAUAGCCUAGAGCCUAUGUUACUUUAAUAUAUUUUAACAAAUAUACUUUUUUUAAUUACAAGGUUAUUUGAAAAAUGUAUCUUCAUUAAUUUAGUGCAAUAAAGUGAAAUUAUAGUACAUAAUUGCUAUAA